AUGGUGCUUCGAGUUUUAACAGAAUCAACAAACAGGAUGAAAAAAUCGCCGGUGCCAGAGAUACGAAUGACAGAAGCGGCUUUGAAGAGACAGGCGAAAAUCAAACAGGACAAGGAAAAACCUCUCCGAUCGACGCCUCCAACAACCCGUUCUGCAUCUGUCUCCACCGGGCCAUACCCUCUUCGUAGACCCCUGAGCACUAGAAUCACACGGUCUACUUCCAAUGCCAUCGCAAUGAACAACAACAAAUUGAAAGAACCAGAAACCAGCGCGGCGAAAGCGAGAGCUGGAGCGAAAAAGGCGAAAAUAGAAGAACACUCGCCAACACUGAUCCGAAGAGUGAAGUCAAAGGAAAACGCGCUGCGGAACUCGCCCGGACUCAGCUCUAACAAUAAACCAAUUUCAAAAGCAGGAAGUCGUGAUAGAAUCCCGUCGUCAACUUCUUCAACCUCGAGAGUCAGUUCUAAAAAAGUUGAUCACGCUGCUAGGGCAAAACUCCUCGAGUCACGUGUCGAGGAAUUGGAAGCAAAACUCAAGGAUGUUACGAAUAAACUAACGAGAGCGGAUGAACUCGUGACGAUCAUCUUCCCUAGCGUGCUCAAACAAAAGGACCAGCAGAUCAAAAUGAUGGAAGAAGCGGCACUCGAGAAAGUGGCAGAGCUCACCAGCAGAGCUGCUCUUGAAAAAGCUGUAAACGCCGAGCAGAUUGCCAAGCUACAGCAAGAACACUCCUCCUCCCUCGCCGAUCUCAACGCUAGAAUCGCCGAACAAACGACGAAGCUCUCCGAACUUUCCAACCAGCUGAGCGAGUCCCAAAACGAACAGAAUCAACUGAAAACCGACAUUUCCAACCGAGACUCGAUCAUCGCCGAAUUCCCGAAGCGGCUGGAAAAGCUAGCGAAAGAAAACGACAAAAAGAUUUCAGAAGAAGUCGAACGCCGACUCAAGCCUUACGUCGAGGCAAAGAAUUUGGCGGACAGUAUGAAAUUUGAAAACGAAGAAAAAGCGAAGCAGAACAAGAUCUUGAGGCAGAAGAAUAAUCAAAUCGUCCUCGAAAACGAACAAUUUCGUGAGGAGAUUGAGAAGUUGUCCAAGUUCAAGCAUAUUGCGGAAGAUCGAUCAGAAAUGAUCGAGAAUAUCAAAAACCACAACCGUCGUCUCCAAACCGAAGUAGAAACCGUCCGACAACGACUCUCCGCCGUCGAGGCCGAGAAAAACCUGCUCAACUGUUCCCUAGACGAGGAAAAAUUCCGCUCAGAAACUGGCCACCGCCGACUUUCGACCAGCUUUGUCUCUUCCCAUGAAUGCUCGACACUCGACGAGACCGUCUUCCAUUCCUUCAACGAAAGUUCUGCUUCUCCAUGA